AUGUCUCAUGAUGUUUAUUGUAUUAGCUAUGGCUACUAUAGUUGGAAAAGAGAUGCUAAAAACGUUUUUAGUGCAGGAAGAAACUUUGCUUUUGAGGAAGAUAGUGAGAAUGAUGAAAAUACGAUUGAAGAGAGAGAUGCUGAUGGGUCUCGGGGAUUCAUACACGACAAACGUGAUUCCAGUUCAGACUUGGACUCACUUAUAACAGAGUCUCCUAAAAGCAUUGAGUCACCAACGCCUGGUGGUGGGAAUUUAUACAGCCAUGAAUCCACUAGCAGUAGCUAUAAUCGUGCAAGUAAAUGUACUUCAUAUGGCUCAUUCAAUACUGAUAAUUCAGAUACAUUUAUGCAAAAUGAUACUAUUACGUUCAACAUUACUUACGCUGAUGGUUCAUAUGCAUCAGGAAAUUAUGGACGCGACACAAUUAAGAUUGACAAGUUUUCAGUACCCGAUGUGAGCUUUGCUGUUGUAAAUGAAUCUUCAAGUGAUAUUGGUGUGUUGGGAAUUGGUUUACCAGGAUUGGAAGUGACAAACAUGGAUGUUCAGGACUCUCCUUACAUGUAUGAAAAUUUGCCUAUGAAGAUGAAGUCAGAAGGCAUCAUUAACAAAGCAGUCUACUCCUUAUACUUGGAUCAAUCUGAUGCCAAAACUGGUUCCAUAUUGUUUGGUGCUGUUGACCAUGCAAAGUACGAAGGUACCUUGGAAACUUUGCCAUUGGUGAACCCAUACUCAAGCUACGAUUAUCCAGUCAAGUUUGAUGUUACGGUUGGUAAACUUGCAGUAACCAAGAAAGGAGACACGGUUGACGUUCUUACAUCAAAUGAGACUGCUGUUCUAGAUUCAGGUUCAACUUUAUCAUAUUUGCGCCACUCCCAGAAAAAGAAAAUUGCAGAUACUUUAGAUGCAAAGUAUUCGUAUUCUGCUGAUGCCUACAAGUUAGAUUGUGACUACCUAGACUCUGACGCCACUUUGGAUAUUACAUUUGGAAGCAAGACAAUUAAAGUACCUAUAUCAGAGUUGAUAAUGCAAUCAUCUUCAGGUAAAGAAUGCUAUUUGGGGAUUUUCGACAUGCCACUGCAAGCUUCUUACGUCAUACUUGGUGAUAAUGUGUUGAGAAGUGCAUACAUCGUUUAUGAUGUUGAAGAUUAUGAAGUCCAUAUUGGUCAGGUAUAUUAUACUGAUGAUGAAGACAUUGAAAUUGUCCAAGAUAAUGUUCCUACUGAUGGGGGUCAAAAUUCAACUAAAGUAUGGACUGGAAGUGGUAGAGCAGGAUCAGGCACAUCUUUGGAUGAUUAUGGUAAUGGCGGAGUGAGAGAAUGUACCUUGACACGGAGUAAUUUGCUUCUCUGGUUGUUGGUCCCCUUGUGCUGGUUGUUGUAG